UAAUAGUUUACAUUAUACAGAGUAAUAACUUUUUAAUGAUAUCUGUUAGUAAUGGGUGGAAGCCAGGGUACUCAUGGCAGCUCGAGGUUAGGAGAUCACAUUUUAAGGGAUGGACAGGGAAAGGAUUGGGCCAAAGGUUUCACUGCUGCUCAUCCGGAUAUACGACAUUUAAAUGUUUCUUUUACUCAACAACUGCAUGAUCGCACAAGUAAAGUCGUAAUUGUUUGUAAAUCUGUGAUGUACGGAUUCUUUGAAGUUAUUGAAACUGUUAGUAAAGUAGAAAUACUCAAAGAACCUGAGAGGGUUUAGGCAGUUAGUUGUGGACUUGCGGAGAAUUUUGAAAACUAAAAAAAAAUCAGAAUGCAAAAAGAUCAUAAAAACAUAAACAGGAGGUACACUUUAAAAGAAAACGAGGGUCGAUAAACUCUUCCCUUGCAUCGAAAUCUUCAUCGAAAAGCUAACGGCUUCUGACAACCAUGACCUCAAACGAUCAUGCAAUAACAAAACAAACAAAAGUAUUCCAAAAAAAUCUCAUCUGACCUCGCAACAGUAAGUUUUGCCGAAUCACCUCCAAUCAGUGUCAGCCCGUCGUCGGUCGCCGCGUGAGACGAUGUAUCUGCAGCAUUGCACCACGAUGCACUUGGGAGAAAAUUUCCUCGUCAGGAACUGGUCCCUUCAAACAGGUUUUCGUUUUCGGGUGCGUUCUAUAUUUUGGGCAGCCCUUCUCUUGCCGGCUUUUUUUUUGGUUAUUUUCCGUAACCGCACAGUAUCCUCCAGCAUCCGAGAGAAAGCAUAAAAAGGCAUGUUAUUGCCGAAAUUUAAUUGAAACGCAUUCGCAAAGUGCACGCGACACAGUUCGGAAGUGUUUUGAGAAAUUCGGUGUCCUUGCUCUCGCGGGAAGAUGGGAAUCGGGAAAAUUGAACUAUACUUAGUGAUUGUGGUUUUUGUUGGGGUGUUAAUAAGAGUUGAGAGCGUGCAGCAGAGGAAUGAUGGAUUUCAAAGUGCAGAAAAUUCGAUGGUUUCAGGUAGUGAAAUAAGUUCUACAGAUGAAAAUUUAACAGGUACGGAGAUACCUGUUGAAAUUAAUUCAGGAAGUGAAGGUGAAAACUUGGUCAUCCCAGCGGAGGUUGCAGCUUUGGAAUCAUUUCAUCAAGCUCUGAAUAAUAUUGUAAACUCUAGUACACCAUCAUCAACAGUGGAUGUUUCCCCACCACAGAGUUUGUUGCAACAACUUGGAAUUCUUGGACCUGUUCCAGCGGAAGCACAGCCAAUACCCUAUAGAACAUCAAGAACCUCAUCUGUUAGCACUUUACAAAGUGAGUCAGCUCCAGCACCAGAAUCACGUCAAAAUGUGUUCCAAAUUGUAGGAACACAAUUAGCCAACGUCUUUGAGAGCAACGGUGGUCAACAAUUUCAAAACGUAACUUCACAGAUAGCGGGAGGAUUUACAAAUGCAACCAGCGUCCUCACUGGGUCUAGCAACAGUGGUAUUGGCUCAGGAAUUCAAAGUCAGCUGCAACAAUUAAUCAAUAGUAUUGCACCCACUGCCAAUCAAUCGGACACCCCUUCACCAGGUAUUGCUCAGGACAGCAUAUUUCAACAAAUAGGAUCUCAGAUUACCAACGUUGUGAAUGGAACCUCUGCGAUCAAUCCUUUACAACCCGUUGCUUCACAACUUGGAACCAUAGGAAAUCAAUUCACAGGAGCGAUCCCGAAUGCAACCAAUCUUAUAACAGGAACGAAUAGCGCAGAUAUUCAGAAUCAGCUACAGCAGCUGAUCAAUAGCUUAGAUCCCACUCAAACUAAACCGCCCAAUCAGCAAUCAGACAGUCCACCUCCAAACGUUUCGCAGGAUUCCUUCUUUCAACAGCUGGGGUCACAGUUUACCAAUUUAUUUGGAGUCAACAACAACAACAGUUCUGCAUCGAAUCCACUGGGAAGUAUCGCAUCACAAUACCAAAAUGUUAGCUCAAUAAUCACUGGAAGUAUCGCCAACGUCUCUAAUGUAAUAACUGGAUCUAGCAACAGCGCUAAUAGUACCGAUCCUCUAGGGGCUUGGACUUCACAGUUUCAAAAUGUGGGAACGCAAAUCACUGGAGGUAUCACGAAUGUUACCAAUGCUUUUACGGGAUCCAACUCCGACAAUAGUUCAUCGUUCCUGGCAUCUCUGCAAAAUCAACUCCUGAGUUUGCUGGGGAACACAACAUCUAGCAGUCCUUCAUCGAGCAACAGCACGGAUAGUGGUUCGUCUACCGACAAUUCCGCCUCGACCACCACCGCCACCAACAAUGAAACAACAACCGAAGCCAGCAGUUCAUCACAGGCCAACGAUCCAAUCUAUUCAGGAUUCUUCAAUCCAUUUGGCAACAACGGUGCAAAUCAAUCAUCGAGUUCGUCCCCUUUCAGUCAAAUUCAAAACGUUGGAUCACAGAUCAUGACUGGUUUCUCAAAUGCAACAUCUGGAUUGCUUCCCAACGGACUACCCAAUACAACUGCAGAACUUCAAAACCUUAUAAACCAGCUCAGUCCGUCGUCGGUGUCUCAAACCUCGAACCAAGUCGUGGAUGCCCUGAAGCCUAGUUCAAUUCAAGGUCAGCUCCAAGGAAUCGGAUCACAACUGGAAGCAAACAUUCCAACCGUUUCCAACGAUGUAGGAUUACUGAACAACUUGGUGCCAAGCAUUCUAAACUGGAACAGUGUCAGUGAUCUUCUUCUUCCAUCGAGUUUGCUAACGACCUCCAAUAAUAAUCUGAACCCGCUUCCUCUUCCGUUACUUUGCCCGGUUUGUACUCCCGUUUGCGGCAAGACCAAUCCAAGGACUCGUGUGGCUGGAGGUGUGGAAUUGACUCCUACAAACAAAUAUCCGUGGACUGCUCGUAUAAUGUACUUUGGAACGGAUGUCGGUCAAGGAACACUGAUCAACGAUCGAGCUGUGGUCACAACUGCAACCAUCAUUAAGAACAUUCCCAUUUACACAGCUGUAACAGUCCUGUUCAACGUUUUCGAUAAAACAUCCACCACAGAGCAACGGCUGGAAAGAAGAGCGGCAAACGUGUACACGCCCCUCCUAUUCAACACCGCCAAUAUCUACGAUUACAACAUCGGCAUAAUUCAACUGGCCACUCCGGUAACCUUUACCACCAACUUCAUGCCGAUUUGUCUGCCAAAGUAUUACGAUUCAAUCGGGGGCACCAGUGGAAGCCUGGUCGGGUGGGGCUCGCAAACCCCCACGGGAGCAGGAUCGAACAAACCACGAGAGGUUUCCAUCCCAAUGUACACCGACCGGGAAUGUCAACUGUCGAACUCACGGCUGACAAAGAACAAUCUGUGCGGAGGAGUGGCCAAACCAGCAGCAGACGCAGCCCUCAAGGCUACCUGCAAGGGUGACGAUGGAGCAGCUCUGAUGUACCCGUCGCGUACCGACGCCACGGUUCUAACGCUGCUGGGCAUAGCCAUUGAUGUCCCGAACCAGGGCUGUGGAGAAUUCAAUCAGUUUUCGGUGUUUACGAAGGUGUACAAUAACCUUGAUUUCAUUGUUUUGUACGGUACUGGUUGCGGUUGUUAGGGGAGUCGAUUCCGAUAACCGUUACGAAUAAAACACAAAAUGAUUCAAUCUGGAAAUCGAUGAGCUCAAUAAAAACAACUUAAAACUUUGUGUUAAAAAUAACGAGGUUUGAACAUGUACAAAAAGAACUGCAUGCAUAGUCCGUUAUAUUUUCGGAAGAUCGGAAUCAUAGUAUGCUAUAUAACGGUUGUUCGCUGCACAGCCCACUGUUGUUAACUCAGGCACCACAAUGCAUCCAACGGGCGAUGCAUCAGGUUUUGAAAGGGUUUUCACUGAAGAGCUUAAAAAUGUUCGUUUCAUAAAAUUACUAUAAAAAUAAUCAAAGAUUGUCUUGGUGAUCGCAACGUUUACGCAGACAAAUAUUUAAGGCGUUUAGUGAAUUCCUUUUUUAACUUUUUUAACUGGAGCACCCACCUUCUUGUGUUUUUCUGCCAAAAAAUAAAAUAAUAAUA